ACCACACAGCUGUCAUCCUCUUAUACGCACUACUUAGAUUAUAUAUUUAUAAGUGCUGUGCUUCAUUUCAAGUGAUAUGGUCAUACCCAAAAUUAAACCUCUCUCUAAUCUCGUUAUUCCCUUUUAUCUUUUUCAGCCAUUAAUCCUUAGCAAAUUAAACCACCAAAUUAAACUUCAACAACACCCCCAAUCUGAAUAAGGAGCUAGCCCCAUCCCAUCUUAUAUUUCAUAUUUGUCAAUUUGGUCAUGGACACCAACACUAGUACAUUAUUCACAAAUGUGAACAGCACUUGGAAUCUUGAAAAGAUGGAAACAAAUGAACAACAACAACAACAUGAUGACCAUAGUAUUAUUCUCCAAGUUCAAGACCCUAUGGGUUCUGGGAUUUGGCCCAUCAACAACUACCACAACCUUCUUCAAAUGCAUCAAACACCCAACACAACAACCUCAUCCAUGGUCAUAGUACCACCCUCCUCCUCAUCAGGGUUCCUUGGAGACAUACUAGGUGUUCAUCACAACCUUGAAGAAGAUGAAGAGCCAGAAGAAGAGCUAGGAGCCAUGAAGGAGAUGAUGUACAAGAUCGCUGCUAUGCAACCCGUGGACAUCGACCCCGCCACGAUUCGAAAACCAAAGAGAAGAAAUGUUCGCAUCAGUGAUGACCCGCAGAGCGUGGCUGCACGCCACAGGAGAGAGAGGAUCAGCGAGAAAAUCCGAAUCCUCCAAAGACUCGUUCCCGGUGGAACCAAAAUGGACACUGCUUCAAUGCUCGAUGAAGCCAUUCGAUAUGUUAAGUUCUUGAAGAGACAAAUCAGGUUGCUUCAAUCUAUUCCUCAACCUUCACGUCAACCACCACAAUGCAUUGGUGUUGCCAGUACUACUCCUCAUGCUAGUACCUUGUUGUUAGCCCCUUCUUCUGAUUGGCCUUUUGCACCAAAUGUGCUACCCCGUUCCACCGCCGUCAGCGCCUCCAUGGACAUGUCGGCUGGACUCGGAUUCGACGGCCAUGCUCAUGCUUGUGAUGGCUCCUCCAGCUUUAACCAUCAUGAGGUAAUCAGUGAAUAAUUAGUGGCUUUUAUUACAUGUGAGAAUCAAAAGAUAGAAAUUUAUAAUAAUUCACACACUGUGCUCAAUUAAUUGAGCUAGACUAUCCUGAUGAAUAAUUAGUAGUUAUUGAUUAAUUAGGUUAUAAUUAAUUGUAUUGCUUUAUAUGUGUACGCAUAUGGAAUUGAGGAGUGCUUGGUUGGUAUUAGUGUAUGUGUAUGUUGAUGAUGUUUUGAGUUUGGGGGAAACUAAAGAAAAAAGAAUAGAGUAAUAUUUUAGGGGAGGGGAGAAAGGUUUGUUAGGAUAUUGUUGACUAAAGGGUUCUGUAGAAUAAUCAUAACGGUUGGCUUGGUUACGUACAGCCAUAGAAUAAUGUGUAUGCCAGUUUCGGUGUUCGCCGGAAAGUUUGUUUAGCUGACUCUCUUCCGGGAAUAAAUUCAACUGUGACGUUAUAACCUAGUAUUGAAUAAUGAAUAAUAUUAUUGAUUUGUGAACAA